AAGCAUGAAGUGGCCCUUGAAGUUUGGAAUUCAAAUCUGAACAAUAAUGAACAACAUCGAUACAUGUUUCCCUUAAGUGAAAGCUCCAUCUAAUUAGAGAACACUGUACUUGCAGAAUGUGUUAAAGCCAAUUAGGUGAAGUAACACUUUCAGAAGAUGUAAAGAAUCAUUUUCAUAUGAUCAAUGUUGUUUAUAGAUACAACAACUGAAGGGUAUAUAAACCUGAGGCUGCCUCUGAAAUGGCUGGUUUGCAGUGUGCACACUUCUAUAUAAAACUUCUUAAUACAGUGGGUAUUCAUGUCCUCCAAUGAAGGAAUCUGGAAAGCUUCCUUCUGACAUAUGAUUGGAUACUUUUAUAAAUGCCAAUAUAGACUUCAUACCUUUACUGACUUUGGAUAGUCUAUGUAUUCUAUUCUUUCCAAUAUUAAAUAGAAAAAAAUGAGAGAUUAGUUAGCUUGUUGAAUGAAGACACAAAAGAUAGGCACCGUAAUUAGAAAACUAACAAGUAGACUUCAUUUCAGAUAUUUCAAACUGAUCUAGGGAGUGUUAAAAAGGAAAGGAUGUUGACAAGUGGACCUGUUACCACAAGUUGGUGAUCAGCUACUGCAGAGGCUAAUGAGCGAGAAUCACAAGUGCCAUGACAGCCUGGACUCCAGAGUAUGCCAAAGGUCAACCGUGAAAUUCUAUCCCCAAAUCAGAAAUUAAAAGUGGGGCGGGAAUGUGAUUCAGCCGUAAACCAUUUACCUAGCAUACACAAGGUCUUGAGAUUAAUCCCCAGUGAAAAGUACAUAUUAGAAUUCAAGUCAAUAGUUAACAUUUUUCCUCAUGGGCUUUUAAAAUGAGAAACAUCUUAAUCCUUACUUAAAAUGCUCAGCUAAUGAACAGCGUACCUUACAAAACCCCUUGAAUUUCCAAUUCUAAAUGCUUGGGAUGCUGCAUCUUCAUAACUGGCUGAAAGAUUCUUACUGUCUGACAAGGUUUCAAAGUCCUUUGGUAAUCUGAAUUUUCUUCCUUUCAUAUCAUCUAUGGCACCAGCUUCUACUGCCAGGAGAAUGUUCCAGGUUUUCUGCUCAUUUCCUUCAGCUCAGCAUCUACUAGCCCAUAAUUGGCAGCAGAUGGCGCACGCACAGCCAAUGAGAGCUGGGUAAACACCCUCUCAGCCUGCUAUAUUUUCGCGCGCUUUGCCCGACCUGAUCCACUGGGGCAGACAUCUUCGCUGUUCUAGACGGAAGCACAGUAAAUGUGCUGCUUGGAGAGAAAGCGUUCUUAGGUUGUUUUAUCCAUCCGCAAGGACCUAGGAAAGAAGUCAACAUCCACAGUACCUGUGUGUGCUGUAGAGACCUCACUUCAACCUUUGUGGCCACUCUCAGUCCCAGAGUUGAAGCAUCUGUUUCAUUUCCAAGCCACCAUGAGCUAUAGCAAGCAAGGGUCGCAGAAGGUCCUUCCCGAUUUAAGGAACAACAUGGCAAUCAAGUACCAUUCGCCUCAGGUUCUUCAAGAAAAGCAGAAGGAUCCCAAGAUUUUGCAAAUGCAAAUGGGAUCUGGAAAAAGAUCACAUGAGAUAUCUAACAGCCAAGAGCAAAGACUCGAUUCUCCUAAGAAAGCUCAACAAGAUCGGAAUAUUCUCCCAGAUAAAACAAUCAAGAUCACCUUGGGGAAAAACUCCAAAAAAUAUUUCUGGAUUUCCAUCCAUAGAGAGACAGGUAGCUUAUAUGAGGCACUGAAAAUCCUUGACUUUGUCAAAAAAGAGAUAGAAAAACAUCCAGGCAAAGAAAUGCUGGUGUGUGGCAAAGAAGGAAUAGAAGGGCACAUAAACCUCGGUAUGCCCCUCCGUUGUUUUCCACAAGGCAGCCAUGUGAUCAUUACAUUUUCCAAAACUGAAAUUGAGGAGAAAGAAAAUAAUGAAUUGUGUGGGCGCUUUGACCAGUCAUCUGCUGAGUGUGUUGUAUUUUACAUUCAUGCAGUCGGGAAUAGGGAGCAAAGGAUUCUGAGGUGUAGGGAACUUCACAAAGAAGGAACCAAACUCUGUGUCUAUGGCUUCAAGGGAGAGACCAUCAAGACCACUCUGAGGAAGGAUGGCAGGUUUCUCUCCUUUGUAGAGAGUGACCAUUGGAAACUCAUUAAUAAUGACACCAUCAUAGCAAACAGCCAGUCAGUUGAUGUGUUAGAGGGCAAGCUCUUUCAGAUUGAUGUUGAGAGAAAGGAGAGCCCUUGGGCAGCAGCGAGAACUCAGAAAUCUGAGUUAGAGGACAGAAACAUCAGUGAGUUGGAAGGAUAUAUUGUGAAUUUGUACCCCACACUGACAGGAGAACGUGAGAAAGUGAGAGCAUAUAUCAAGAAAAAAAGUGAGAAUAGUAAAGAAGAGUCGCUUUUUGAAGCCCAGAAGAGGAAGUUCAGUGAAGUGGCAAGAAGCUCUACUCCAGAUAAAAUGGUCAAACUUCUUUCACGCUUCAUGGAUUCCACUGGGCUCAUAGUUUGGAACAAUAAUGGAAACAGGGGUAGAGCCACUUGCUUUGUUUUCAGAGGAUUGUACAUUUUCACUUGUCGACAUGUAUUAAAUGAUAUUGUGGGAGAAGGAAGAGAGCCAAGUGAGUGUCUAGACCUAAUUAGCCAAUGCGUAGGGUAACAUUUG